CCUGGAGGUUUGUCCUUCCACCGCUCUCCCCUUUUCUUCGUUCUCCUCUCUUUCUCCACCCAAAUUCAAACUAGGGUUAGGGAUAGGGUUAGGGUUUCAACGUCAUGGCCUACGUCCCUCCCCACAAGCGCCACUCCAAGGAUGCCGAGAAGGCGUCGCCGGUCCCGGAAUCCCUCAUCCCCAGCUUCAAGAAGGGCCUCCACCUUGGCUGCAAGCCCGGCGGCCAGGGCCGGCGGGAGAGGGCCAAUUCCUCCCAUCACGGCGGCUCCAAGAUCAUCUACGCGCCGCACUCCAUCUCCUGGUGGUGGCUCGCCGGUGCCGGUGGCGGCGACGUGAUCCCCGCCUCCUUAGACCUGGAGCCUGUAUCGUGCGAGAUCGUCGAGAGGAAGGGCGGCGGGAAGCCUCUGGUUCUCUCCGUCGGAGCGGACCCGCCGGCGGGCUCCGCCGAGGAGCGCCCGUGGGCGUCGAUAGCUGAGAGGAUCGAGCCGGACCUCCUUGCUUGUGCGCAGAGGGCGAGGAACGAGAUGGCUUCUGAGAGCGAGGAGAUUAAGCUAUCGUUUGUUGCUCGCUUUGGCAAAAUUUUCUUUCAUGGGGACCCUUCAGAUUGCCUAAACUCCAUCAGAAAUGCUGCAACUGCCAAAUUAGACGCACGGAAUCAAUUGCAUAAGUCGUUUUAUACGAAUGUUCUUAAUGAAUACAUGGAAGAGAUUCAGCGAUUGGUUGUUCCUAAGAUUGGAUUUGACUUUGAGUCAGAAAAAGAGCAUUACCAUGUGAAGGUAUUUGACCAAUGUCGGCCUGAUUCAACUAUUUCAUGCAAGUGUACAGUCACAAAAGGUGGAGAACUUGAAAUUCAUAAGAUUGAACUCAACCAUGUGCGGCACUUGGUGUCAGAUAUAUCUUGCCUCUAUAAGGAUGUAGAUCUGAGACUCAUGCUUUCUACUAAAAGGAUCUUAAAGAUUCUGAAUGAUGAAGAGAGUGAUGCCCUCGGCCAACUCAUAACUUCUGCAGUUAUAGAUCCAGAUGUGAAAGGGGGCUUGAGAUGGUCUCUAGGAAAGGAGUCUGUGGCUGAAAGGUUCCACAUAGUUGGGGUUUGGCACACUAAAUACAAAGCUUAUAAAAACCAGACGAUGAGGCUUAAGUUAAGGCAUGCUGACCGAUUUGACCAUAGGACUUCCACGGGGGAAUUUGCUAAUGAAGUUACACUAAAGCUGCUUGGACUAUCCAAGCAUCUAAGGGAUGGUGAUUUGGAUGUAAGCCCUCCUACAGCGAUGGUUCAGGAGACAUUAAAAUUUAUCUGGGACCAUUUUCUACUAUAAUCACUCCUUGUUGAUCUUUGUACUAAAAUGCUCCAAAUCAGGUGAUGAGAAUUGCGUUUUAAUUCAGGUGAUCAGAAAUAUCCAAAUCAGCCAGCUGCAUCCUUAAACGUUUUGAGGUGUAAUUUUGAUUUUACAUCUGUUUUGAAAAAGAAAUAGAGAUUUUUUUGUGUGUGAAGCUACAUUAUGUCUCAUUAUAUACUAGCUUGCGUGGAAGUUUUUAUGUAUGUAUGUAUGAGUUUUCUAAGACAUAGAUACGUUCCAUAAAAACUGUUCUUGAGUUUAAGACGAUUUUUGUUUUUA